UCAACAGUAUGGCGAAAUUAUUUGACUGUUAAACAUGGCUUUGGGAAGAAAUCUUCUUCUUUUCAUCCCUUUUUGGGUCCUUCUUUCAACGAGUUCUGUGAAAUGCAAAGAAGUUUGUUUGAGCCCAUCGAUGGAUGCCAAGGAAAAUGAUUCAAAUUGUGUUGUUCGAGGAUUUUCUCUCAAUUCCAAGGAAAUGUUGAGAGUAAAAACGUUAUUCUUGGGAACCUUUUGUAAUCGUGAACAGGCUUAUCAUAAUUUCUUCGUGAGCUCAGAGUCAUCUUCUGACCUCAAUCUGUACGAUAAUUCUUAUAACUUCCACUUGGAUUGCUCACAAAUGUUUGAUAGCUUCAGUGGGCUCUUCUAUUGGGCCCCAAUGGCUUAUGCCCGGAAGUAUUUUGAGCUCCUUUCCUACUUCUACAUUGAGCUCAUUGUCAAGGACGCCAAUGGAACAGAACCGAAUAUUGAUUUGAAAACUAUCCACAGCUACUACUCAAUACGUGAUGCUGGUCUUGAGGAAUCUUACCUCAUGAUUCUACGUGAGCCAUCCUUAUACGACAUAAGGAGCAUUGAGAAAAUUUCUGAGAAGAAAAGCCCCCAGGAAAUUGUUGAUUUGGGAACAUUUUCCUUCUACAAUCCAACGGAAGAUUUUCAAGAAAUCAAAUUUCAAGUAAAUGUAACGGACAAUAUGAUCCUCACCAUUGAGGACUUCUUUCUAUACGAUGGAACACGAUUGGUGGUAACAGAGAAUGAAAAGAUCUGGAAUGGAAACAUCUCAUACGACCUAUGGGACAGUAGAAACAUUGAGCUUCAAAGGAAUCAUUUGAUGGAAAUAGCACUGAGUUCAGCUCUUCCACCCAAAACUUCCAUCAGUGGAAGGAUUUUUGCCACAAUUAUCCUCACGAGGACUCAAUUUAUGGGCACAUUGGACAUCAAUGGGGGGAAUGAAACGGAAAAUCUUGCCACGAUGAUUUCCGGAGAGAUGCAAAAGUACGAAAAGACAAAUAUUCGAUUGGAGAACAUCAAAAUGAGCCCUCAUGAGCAGAAAAUCCUCUUUGCCAGCUACGUGGCGUGUUUUGUGGGUCUCCUCACGGCCGUCAUUAUGGGUUUUGCUGUCUUCCUCAUCUGCCUGGUGGCACAGAAGAAGAACAAAGAGUGCAUCUGCUCGUGCCCCCGCAUGGAGUUCGACUUGGAACCGAAGCGUCAAUUUAUUGCUGAGAAAGGUCAAAAAAUUGGCCAAGUUCUCGCAGAAUUUGGGAAUGUCUGCGGGAAUAUUUGCAGUUGCAUUUGCACGGAAAUCACCCCAAAGAGGGAGUCAUUCACCCCUCGUGCGUAAACUUCCCCAUGCGUGGGUGGGAGAUUAUUUGAAUUUGAGCACAAAAAGUGAUUGACUCGCAAGGAGUCACGCACAAGCAUAACUUUCUUAACUUUCCAUUGAUUUUCUUUUUCUUUCAAUCUUGUACUUUUUUUUUUCUUCCCUCAACUCUUUUUAAGCAAAGAGAAAAAAGGAUUUAUUUAUAUUAUAUACUUUUUAUAAAAUAAAAAAAAAUUAAUUAAAUAAAAGAAAAUGUUUUCUUUGAAAGAAA